AAUGGCUCCCCUACUUCAUGUAUUUCCCUAAACGGAAAACCUAAUCGGGUUCACCUAGUGCGGCGUCGUUUCGCGGGACCUCUUCGUCUCGUCGCUCGCCAUUGACAACUGAAGUGUAAAAUUCUGAGACACGGAUUUCCAGCUCUCGUUCUCACUCUAUCUCUAACUACGUUCUCCAUUUCGUUCGUGAAUUUUUUUUUUCUUCAUAUUUUCUUCAAUUGUCGAAAUAAAAAUUAUCCCUCUUCUAUCCGUUCUAUCAUCGCCGACUACUGCCAAUAUUCUCCAUUUUAUAGCUUCCCAUCUGCAAUCCCGCUUUAAGAGGCACAUAACGCACUGUGAGAGUAGUGGUGUAAGGAGAAUCUAGGUUGCAGGGAAGAUCAAAUAUCUCAAGAAUGGCAGAAAGUAGUACUUUGAGGUGGUUCUGAAUGAGUAUUCUUUCUCCUGAAGGUCCUCGUGGUUUCCUCUCUGCCAGAUCCUAGGCAUCCUACUUGGAAUGGUUUGGGGACGCUGAGCUAUGUAGCAUGGAUACUUCAAAAAAAUGCUGAGGACUAAGGACAUUCCCAAGAAGCGCAUUAGGUGGCCAACAACAUACUUUUUGCCAAAGAGGACUGUUCCUGGGAUGCCUAAGAUCGUUUUGCUCAUGGAACAUGCACAUUUUGGUGAUGUUGCUGGGACCUUUUUGGGGUGGUCAUCAUAACUGGUUCCGUGGAAUCACAGUUUAAAUUCAUGCUUCAGAGUAUACUGCUUGCAAUAAAAACAAACUUUCUAAAGCCACAUAUUUUAUUUUCCGAAUAAUUUUCAGAUGUCCGAAAUUGACAUGGCAAUUAUUAAACCUGAGAUGACAAAAGCCUAUGUCUGGCUUCAGAUUUCUGAUGGUUCCAUUCAACAAGUGGAACAAGAAGUUGCAAAGUUUUGCCCUCUUAUAUGUCAUGAAAUAAUACAAAAAGGGAUGGGAUCAUCCAAGAAUUGUGCCAUAUGUCUUCCUCAACGAGUUAGUCCUGUUCUUUUAAGCUUAAUCCUUGACUAUUGCCGAUUUCAUCAAGUACCAGGGCGCUCAAACAAGGAACGAAAGUGCUUUGAUGAAAAAUUUGUUCGGAUGGACACCAAAAAGCUGUGUGAGUUGACAUCUGCUGCUGACAGCCUUCAGCUGAAGCCAUUGGUUGAUCUUACCAGUCGUGCGCUUGCUCGAAUAAUUGAAGGGAAAACACCUGAGGAGAUACGUGAGAUAUUUCAUUUGCCUGAUGAUCUAACAGAGGAAGAAAAAUUGGAGCCUUUGAAAAACACAACUGAUGAUCCAAGGAUCAGACUGUUGAACCGUUUGUAUGCCAAGAAGAGGAAGGAGCUUAGAGAGCGUGAAAGGUUAAAGAAUGUUGAAGUUGAUGACGAGUGUGCAGAUGAAUGUGUAGAUAAGCGUUCAGUUGAUGACCUUUUGUCCUUUAUAAAUGGAAGUGGUAGAGAUCCAAAGGGAAUCAAAACUUCCAAAAAUAAAAAGAAGAACCGGAGAAAAAAAGAUCAACAGAAGAAUUCUUCUUUAGAGGAGACUUCUGAACUUAAGGAGGAAUCAAAUGGUCAUGACAUCAGAUGCCAAAGUGCUGAAGCUGAUAGAAUUGGUGAGACCUCAAAUUUGCAUGAUACGGAGAAUGACACCCUUGUUCAUAAGGCUGAGUUUGAUGAUGGUGAGAUAGACGAUGAGAUCGAUCCUGCACUACAGGAAAAAAUUGACAGGGAAGUGGAAGAUUUUAAACGCAUAUUGAAUUCAGACUGGCCAGAGAGGAUGCAAGAACUUUUGUCUUCAUCAGGGCACGAGAGGAAAACAAUUUUUUUUUCCACCAAUGGGACCAGUUUUCUAAGGCGACAUGACUGUAUGACUUGCGUUUUCUUGCUUUGAUAUUUUUAUUUUCACGUGAUUAUGCUUCCUAGCUUAACUGUUGAGAUCUUAAAUAUCCUUGUGCUUUUAAUUCAGUUUUAGCUGAAAAGUGAUUGGGUACAUAGAUUACUUUGAUCCUUGCUUUCCUAUUCCUUUUCAAUAUUCAUUUCCCUUUCCUUUCUAGGUUUUGAUCUACUUGAGUUGAUGACAUGGUUUAGCAUUGUUUCUGAAAUUGUGCACAUUAGUCUGUACUCUACACUCCUGUGUCGGGUCUAGAGUGACACUGCGUUAUACUAUGCCCUACCUAUAGAUCUGUUUUUCUUUUCCAGAUCUAGUUAUACAUCUUGACGUGUCAUUAUUGCUGUUUCUGGGCGAUUUUAUAUAUUUACCUUCUGAGUAUGGCCUAAUGAAUCUUUGAAUAUUCCUAAAUAGAGAGAUGGUAUUAUCGUAAAAAGCUCUUGAACUUCAUGGAUUAAAGACUUUCGGUAUGUAAUUUGGCACUUUAGCAUUAGCACUUUUAACUGAUGCUUCUAUGUUCCUGAGAGAUAGGAUUCCAUGUAUAUUUCGUUGGUUGUGGUCGUGUUAUACACAACUUUGAUUCUUUUCCAUGUACAGGACUGGACUCGUGGAAAUGACUCCUCGCAGAAUGGCCGAAUGCGGCUCGACAAUUUUGAGAGAUGCUGAUAGGCGUAGAAAAGUGUUUCAUGUCAGUUAUUAUAAUUUAUUUUAUUCUUUGGAGUUCGCCGGUGGUGCUUGGCCCAGUUGCAAUUUGAUUCUAGGGGUAUUCUGUUGUACUUUAUGGGAAUAAGAAUAUUAUUCUCCGAGCUUUGUAUGAGUUACAUUUAUAUCAGCAGCUCACCGAGCCUUUUAAAUCAGUUACUCUGUCUGAACUCUGAAUAUCUAGUUAAUAUAUUUUGUCCCCUUUUUGUGUUGA